UAUUUUUCCGAUAAAGGGGUGCAGGCGUCUUCUUCUCAACCCCCACGUUCAAAAUUUUCUUCCCAAAUCAGAAUAUUCCGAUCUGAUCCACCGCUAAUUCCCGUAUUUUCUCGUAUUUCGAUCUGCAUUCUUUCGAGGAGUUUCGAAGGCACGGAGGACCUGUGGGACGGUUUCGAGAGGCCGCCGAUUCGAUCGCUUCCGUUUGCCUCUAGAUCCUCCGCCGGUGUUCCGGCUCGUGAGGGUCGCUCUUGAUAUUCUGAGGACGCGAGGGGGAUCUGCUUCAUUCGGCUGUAUUUGCUGGCUGCAGUAUCUGUGGGCUUUUCUUUCUAAGAAGGUUUGGAAUGCUAAAAGCCGGGAUGCUAGAAUGCAGUGUUUGCCACUCCAAGUUGGUGUCUCCAAGCACUAGGACUAUUUCAAGGGCAUACGAUAAGCAUAGAAGCAGCGUGUCAUCAAAAAACCGUGCUUUGAAUGUUCUUUUAGUUUUUGGUGAUUGCAUUUUGGUCGGUCUACAGCCCAUCUUGGUCUACAUGUCUAAGGUUGAUGGAAGCUUUAAAUUUAGUCCCAUCAGUGUGAACUUCUUAACGGAAGUUACAAAAGUUCUCUUUGCCAUCAUUAUGCUAUUACUGCAGGCUAGGCAACAAAAAGUUGGAGAGAAACCUCUUCUUUCUGUUUCAACUUUUGUACAGGCAGCUCGUGAUAACAUUCUUCUUGCUAUUCCAGCUCUUCUUUAUGCGAUCAAUAACUACUUGAAAUUCAUUAUGCAGUUAUACUUUAAUCCUGCGACUGUUAAAAUGUUGAGUAACCUCAAGGUCUUGGUGAUUGCAAUUCUGUUAAAGAUGAUAAUGAAAAGGCGAUUUUCCAUAAUUCAGUGGGAGGCACUUGCACUUCUUCUCAUUGGAAUCUGUGUUAAUCAGUUGCGAUCUCUACCAGAGGGUACAACUGCAUUUCCCAUUGCAGCUGCUGCAUAUAUUUAUACAGUGAUUUUUGUAACAGUUCCAUCAUUGGCUUCUGUAUACAAUGAAUUUGCUUUGAAAAGUCAAUUUGAUACAAGUAUCUACCUUCAGAACUUAUUCUUGUAUGGCUAUGGUGCAAUAUUCAACUUCCUUGCGAUUAUUGGAACUGCUUUAUUCAAAGGGCCUGGCAGCUUUGACAUUCUACAAGGGCAUUCAAGGGCUACAAUGUUUUUAAUCUGUAACAAUGCUGCACAAGGCAUACUGUCCUCUUUUUUUUUCAAAUAUGCUGAUACUAUACUGAAGAAAUAUUCGUCAACUGUUGCAACGAUUUUCACUGGCAUAGCCUCAGCUGCAUUAUUUGGUCAUACACUGACCAUAAACUUUAUAUUGGGCAUUUCAAUAGUGUUUAUAUCCAUGCACCAGUUCUUUUCUCCUCUUGCAAAAGUUAAAGAUGAGUUGUCAACUGGAAUUGAGAUGAUGAAUGCUCAAAGCCACAGGUCGAAGGAAGCAUCAAUUAUAAAUAUGACUGCUGGAGCAAAUGAUGAUUCUAACCAUCGUGGUGAAGCUGAUGAGAGACAGCCACUUCUGCCAAUUUGAUUUUAUGUUGGUCAAUGGAAGGUGAAAAAAUAUUCAUUACUAUACAUGCUGUUAGUACAUGACAGUGCUGACUACAGUAACGGUUAGCUGCAUAGAAACAGAGAAAAUUAUAUGUAUUGGAAUUUGAGCUGACCAUUUCAGCCUCAUUGUAACUUAAUACUGCUGCUCUCUGUUUAACAAGUGGCAUGAACAUGAGAGCUUUGUCUUUUUGGACUAGAGGGAGCUCUUGAAAUACGGCGGGCGAUAGCUCAUUUUAGAAAAAAUCCUAUUAGCCACACAGGACUUGUUUUAGUUUUUCAAAUUAUUAUUUUUUUAAUUUCUUCUCUUUGUUUACAUCUCUUUUUUUGUUUUUAAUUUCUAUGCUGCCUGCUCGCUGCUGUAUGCAUUCGAGCAUGAUGGAUGGUAGCGUUCUUUCUGUCUAAAUUGUAACAUCAUGCUUGUAUAUUGUGGAUGGAUAACAAUAAGUUCCGUAAUGUUUUAUCAUACAAGCGAGUAAACAUUUACUGACUGAGGCAUUUUGCAGUAAAAUGAGAUUAUUUUAUUUGAAUUUCUUGCUUUAUGUCGGAGCUUGG